GUCGCAAUGGCCACAGCCGAAGUUCAACCUGCGGGAGCCGCGAUGAACAGCUGAUCCCCAGUCAGCGGAGGAAGUCGCGCAUCAUGAUCUCUGAUCCACGCGGGCCACUAUGUGAAUAGUUAGCGGGCAGUGCGACACAGGGCACCCACCAAACGGAAAGCAGGGUGAACUUUUAGGGUUUCACCGUCGUCGUUCUUCUUAUUCAUUUUUUCCCCCGUGGACCUGUUGAUCGUCGGCGCGGACGGACGGACGGACGCGCCGCGCGCUCAGCCCACCUGCCUCUCCCUGCUCCGCGCUCACCGACGCGCAAUUAUGUUACUGUCAAGCUUCCUCCUCGUCACCGUUGCUCACUUCCUGGCGCCGCUGCUGCUGUGCUACCUGCCCCGAGUGUCCGCACAGAAGCCUGGCUCACGGUGGCUGAUCGGGGACAGAGACAGCCACUGUGGGACCGUCUGCCUACGGACGCAGGAGAAGCCGGUGUGCGGGUCGGACGGCCGGAGCUACGAGAGCGUCUGCGAGCUGCAGAAGGCGCUGUGCAAGGACAGGACGCUGACGCUGGCUCACCGCGGCCGGUGCCGAGGUAAAAACUGGGGAAAAAGUGACCAGUUGCAGGUGGCUCCAGCGCCAACGUCCACAUCAGAGGGGAGAGACCUGGAGCUCAAAGAUGCGGGUCAGUCGAAGUGUCGGGCUGAGAGGAACCAGGCACUGGAGCAGGCCCGGAGGCCUCAGGAGUUUAUCCCAGAAUGCAACGAGGACGGGACGUUCGCCCAGGUCCAGUGCCAUACGCUGACAGGUUACUGCUGGUGCGUCACCAGCGACGGCAAACCAGUGAGUGGCUCCUCUGUGCACAACAGGACGCCCGUGUGCUCAGGAAACAUCCGUGAAUUUAUGGGAACUCAUGCUGGGACAAGCGGAUUGUCAGGGUCAGUAACCGACAAACCACCUGGGCCCCCGAACUCUGGCCGAAGAGUCUCCUUCCGUUUCUUUCUCACCCUCAACCCAGACGACGGCUCCAAGCCCACGCCCACCAUGGAGACCCACGUCCCCCCUGAGGGUGAUGACAUAACAGCCCCAACGCUGUGGAUAAAGCAGCUGGUAAACAAGGACAACAAGCAGAACAACUCCACUUCCAGAAGGCAAGAGAAGAUUCCCUCGUGCGACCAGGAGAGACAAAGUGCCCUGGACGAGGCUCGGCAGAACCCCCGCGAGGCCAUUUUCAUCCCGGACUGCGGCCCCGGUGGCCUUUACAAAUCGGUGCAGUGUCACAAGUCCACAAGUUACUGCUGGUGUGUUCUGGUGGACACGGGACGACCCAUUCCAGGAACCUCCACCAGGUUCCAGAUGCCAGAGUGCGACGGAGCUGCACGAUCGCGCAUCUCAGAUACCGAGGAUCCGUUCCAGGGCAGAGACUUGACAGGAUGCCCAGAGGGGAAGAAAGUGGAAUUCAUUACAAGCUUGUUGGAUGCUCUCACCACAGACAUGGUGCAAGCCAUAAACUCACCAGCUCCCUCUGGUGGUGGGAGAUUUGUUGAGCCCGAACCCAGUCACACUUUGGAGGAGAGGGUGGUGCACUGGUACUUCGCCCAGCUGGAUAACAACGGCAGUCACGAUAUCAACAAGAAGGAGCUCAAACCUUUCAAGAAGUACCUGAAGAAGAAAGCCAAGCCUAAGAAAUGUGCCCGCAAGUUCACCGACUACUGUGACCUGAACAAGGACAAGGCCAUCUCCCUGCAGGAGCUGAAAGGCUGCUUGGGCGUCAGCAAGGAGGGAAGCUCGACAACAAGUGACAAUCAAGGGCUCAGGCAAGGCACAAAAGGAGGUCAUCUGGUGUGAGAAGAGGAGGAUCCAGCAGCCGAGACGCAGGCAGAGCGCACAGGAGGCGCCGCAACGCUUGUGGACGGGAAGCAGAGAAAAAUGAUGUUCCCGCAAAAAAAAAAAAAAAAAAGCAAACAAAAAAAAAAAACAACGCCGCGCCAAAAUAUUUGCACUUUCUCCUCCCUAAGUUCAACAUGUAAUCUGUGUUCUUUGACUUUCAUAAAAAUAAGGAUAUAUUGGUAAAGAGAUGACAGACUCGCUCACUGGACGACCGAGUAUGUACAUAAUGCAUUUCUCGGUGUGUUCGAUCACUGUUGCCAUGUGUGGGGCACCAGCACAUAUUUUGUUGUUCUAUUAAAUGUACGUGUCCCCUGUUUCACGCAGGCAACCAGCCUGCUAAAGAGGAGCCCCAGUGAAAUGAAUGUGUAAAGUGUGUGAUAUGCAAGAAUCUGAUGAUGGGCGAAGUUGAAGUUAUCUGCACAGAAGCUCUCUAGAAAUGUUGAGUCUGCUUUCUGUUCAUGGGCUCUGAUUUUAUACUUACAGUAUUUCAUUUGCUGACUUAAGACUACCUUUUUUUUUAUUUGUGCAAACCAAAAUGUAUGUAGCUCACAGUUUCCUCAGUUAUUCCCUGGCCUUGUCACUGCUUUUGCUGUGGCCCGCAGCCCAAAACAGCUCACAGUGCUGAAGUGAUAGCAGAGGCGAGAGGGAGCGCGGCCCAGGCCAGGAAAAAGCCAGGCAGACGUCAGCGCGGACCGGUGGGCCAUUAAUGUCGGCUCCGUUCCGCCGACAUGUUCGUGUUUAUGCCCAGUGUGCAUAGUACGAGCUCCUAAAAUAAAUAAUUUAGUCUCCCCAGUAAUAUCACAGCCUAUUUUGUAAACACGUUGUUGUCUUAAAACAGCCUCCAGGGUCCCACAAUAGCAAAACAAACAAGAGAGGAGCAUAAACAGAUGUUUGGAUAGUGAAAGAAUAAAAUGGCUCCCUCACAUUUGGGAACAAUUGAGUUUUAAAACUGGAAAUUCAGUAUUUCUCAGUAUGUUACCAAGACUCACUGCAGUGACUGGUGAACGUGAGACAAAAAGGCUCCUGUGUCGAUAUGAAUGCCAAACUCUACUUAUUGGAUUGAGUCAUGUGAGUGUUGACUGUCAUUCAUAAACUAUAUACUGUCCUGUCAAGUCAAGCUUUAGGAAGUAGCUCAUUGAAAUGCUUAGACCAGACUGGUAUCAGCUCUGAACAGUGUUUAUUUUAUCUGUGGAAGGGUCAAUUGACUACUUCUUCUUGUGUGCCGUGGUUCCCUGCCAUUGCCAUACACAGACAAGAAUGUAUACAGCUGGUGCUUCAUCCACAGCAAUCCCAAGCUUUGUCUAAAGGUGAACUGGAAGAGAAGCUUUUCUUUCUGUGGAGGCCUGUCUCUCCUGCUUCAGUCCGGGUUUUAAAUACUGGGCUUGUGUGUGUCUCUGCAGAAGUGUUUCCAGACUCUGUAGAGCAGCAGAUCACAUGCAAGAUCGGCAGCGGCCGAACAGGCUAGUAAUCACUGCUAAUCACGGUUGGGGGGGGUGGGGGGUGGGGACUUACAGAUGACAGAGAGAGGUUGUCCUGCUGCUCGCCGGCCACAGGGCUGUCACAAUCAUGCCGGCAUUCAUUCACACUGUCACCGAGGAGAGAAAAAGUCAAACCCUGAGCUAAUCCACCUCACACUAGACGGGUUAUAGUAGAUGCAAGUGAAUAGACAAGUAGAGAAAAGGUUCGAGGAACGGACAGCACAGCUUUCACCUCAUUCCCUUCCACAUGAAGUGUCCUUUGAUGCCCUGAACCACUGGAGGCGAUCCUACGCUUGCUUCGUGCUCAACGUCUCGCUGUUCGUGUGGCGGGGGUGCGGUUUCUCUUCCACAGCACAUAAAUCCUUUAAAUACGGCCCUUACUUAUGUUCUGAAGGGGGACGAGGUUCUGCUGGGGAAAGGGCUCAAUGCUGACCCCUAUUAGUGAAGAGGGCUCAUUGCAGAAAUGAAGCCUGGUAGCCAGGUGUGCACGCAGACAGUUGAAUAUCAUGAACUGCCAAUAAACGUUUCAAACAAA